AUGGCUCCCGUCACUCGCCGAAGCGCGGCGCUUCCCGUGGCGUGUGUGUUGUUGCUGGCCGGGAUGCUUUCAACAUGGAGGCUUGGCCGGGCUUUUGUCGGCAGUGCUCGACAUGCAGGUCGUGUGAACUCCGGCCUCCUCCGGCACGCUGGUUCCACGCAGGGCGUUCUGGAAGACGUGUCAACCUGGCGCCCCAGUGAAAUGCGGCGGUACUUGGACGAACGGGGCAUUCGGCACAAUGAUUGCUUUGAGAAGUCGGAGCUUAUCGCGCGCGUGGAGGAGACCGUCGCCAAGAAUCUGCCACCAAAGGCAGCCCAAAAACCGCAGCCGUCUGCCGCGACUGCCUCGGCGACGGAUCCGCUCCGGGACGCUGCGGGGCGCUUCGCCCACUUCGGCGAGCUGGUCGAGCUGCCCAGUGCACAGAAAGAGGAUGGUGUCUUCAUCUUCCUGCAUGGCUUCGGCGACUCGGGCAGAGGCUUCGUGAGCCAGCUUCCCAACUUACUGAGCUUGCCAUCUGUUCGCUAUGUGCUGCCCACUGCACCCUCACUCAGCGGAAUGCGCUCCUGGUUUACAACCGCCGCGAUGAUGGGCGGCGCAUCUGUUGGGGGUGAGGCCGUGCGCGAAAGCAUCGACUAUGUGCAUAUCCUGAUACGUCGAGAGAUCGCCCGGGGCAUUCCGAGCGAGAAGAUCUUCGUCGGCGGAUUCUCACAAGGCGGCUGCAUCGCCGUGCAGGCUGCGUUAUCGUUUCCAGACGCACCGCUGGGAGGCUGCGUCGCUGCAUCGACUUUUCUGAGUCUGGGCGGUGGUCCCCAGUCCGUGCAGGUAGCAGACACAAACAGGCGGCUCCCCGUCCUGGGUGUGCAUGGUGAGGCAGAUGGUGCCGUGCCUCUUUCCUCCGGACGGAGCCUCGUCGACACUCUCCGGCAACAAGGCAUCCAAGCAGAGUUCCGCAGCUACCCCGGCAUGGGCCAUGCCUACUGUCCCGAGGAAGCCAGGGACGUCUCGGCCUUCGUGGCCCGGCGUUUGCGGAGAGCGGUGCGCCCGGAAGAGUUGGCCAGGAUGUCGGCGAAGGAGCUGAAAGCGCUGCUACUAGAUGCCGGAAUCAGCGUGGUGGGCUGCUUCGAGAAGUCAGAACUGCUGGAGCGUGCGCGCGAGACCCUUCUUUGA